AUGCCAACCAACCAGUCAACAUUUUAUUAUCAUAUGGCCCCUACUGGAUCCAAUGCUCAGCCCAACUAUCCGUCUUCAACUGCCGACCAUCCCAUUAUGAGUAUAGAGCCGUUGCUGAGCCGCGAUAUCUUAUCCAAUAUCCAUUUCAUCGUUCCAGUACUCCACAAGGUCAGCUUUUCGACGUCAAAGUUCGCAAAAUUCUUAACCUCUACUCGCCUUUUCGACAUCGUCACAUACAUCAAGGGCGGGUCCUUGAAUAUUCUCGGAGCUACAGCUCCUACCUACACAGAGUUUGAAGUGUCUCAGCAUGUUGUUUUGAAGAUUUGA